AUGGCGUCCACCCUACGAUUGCCUACGGGCACCUCCGCGCGCAUUGUGCCGUCUGGGUCCUUCAUCGCCCAAUCCUGUACGGCUGGUUCAUACCAAUGUCGGUCCUUCUCACAGACGUCUCAAAACUUGGCUGGCAGGCCCAUGAACUUCCGCCAGCCCUCCCAGUCUCAGCCCUCGUUCAAGACUCGCACCAAGGACAUGCUGAUGAAUCAAUUGCCAAAUGACAUUGGUAUAUUACCUGGAACCUUCGUUAAGCCAUUGUGGAGGGAUCGGCCUUCCAUCUUUGAACACCCGCGCGACAGAUUGCACAUGGAGUGGACAUGGCUCAAGACCCUGUUCACCAACUACGGCAGUUUGCUGCAAUAUUGCAAGCGGGAGAACAAUUUCCCAUUCAAUUUCAAACAGCGUCGUCAUAUCGCCUCCCAGCUAAUGGAAAAGAUGUACACAUCAUUUGCCCAAGGCAAUAUUCCCGAGAUCCGCCGAUUCUGCUGUGAGAGGCUCUCCGGACGCCUAGUCGGCCAAAUCGAAGCUCGAGACGCAUCCGAGAAACUGGAAUGGACACUGGUCAAGUACCUGCGCAAGCCAAGCACCAACUUCCUCGGCCUCCGCGUCAUGUCAGACCGUGCAACAUCAAUCCCCGAACUCCACAACUCCGGCAUCCGCCAAAUCGUCGUGCGCGUCACAAGUCGCCAGUCCAUGGCCACCAGCAAGGUCGAACAAGCCAAGAGAGGAGCCCAGCCCGUGGAAACUCUUGUCUCCACCAAGGAACAGGACUGCGUUGAGUAUAUCGUUGUCCAGAACCUGCGCUGGAACGGCAAAGAUAAUGGUUGGAUGCUUUGGGGCCAUGUUACCCCGACUACCAUGCAACAGGUUAUGGAAGAUCCCUACUUCGCGCCGGGCUUGUCGGCCAUGGAGCGCAUGGAGCAAAUCAAGGAAUCUAUGAUGAACGGGCCUUCAGGACCUAAGAAAUAA